CUCUAUUUCCUCGCACACCAUUGUUACAUUCCUUCCUUCACUCAUGUCUCUGCCGCCUCUGGUUUGUUCCGUUAGUCUCUUCCUCUCGCCUCCUCUCUCACAAUGUUUUCUUCACUACUGGUUUCUGUAUCAAAAUUUGCAGCGGGUUCAUCCACACCUCCGAACAUCCACCUUCUCCUGCAAUUUGAUGGCGAAUGGGAUGGUAAUGGUGUUUUUUCUUACGCAUAUGCUUAUGAGAUUGACAUUCCGAUUCAGACCCAUUAUGAAGACUUUCUGGAACUAGUUCGUACUACGGUUCCGUCUUCUUAUGAAAAUUCUGUUUUCUAUAUCUCGUAUAUGUCUAAUUCAUCCUCAAGGUGUGUCGUCAUUGAAGAUGAUGUGAGCCUUCUCGCCUACCUUCGUUUGAAGAGCACCUAUCCCUCUUUACGCGAAUUCCCUUUGUGCGUGGAAGUAUAUCAUUUCAAAGAAAUGGGUGUGUCUAAUGGAGAAUCAGUCCCCACCGAAGGUCUGCAGACAUUACCAGGUUAUGAUUGUGAGGUAGACUCAACUACUCAGGAAGAAACUGAUUCAGAUGGCUCAAUGCGUGAUGUUCUAGGAAACGAAACCACUAUCUGCAGAGACGACAUCUCAUCGCGGUGUGAUUUGUCUAAGGAGUCAUUCACCUAUAAUGUAGAUGAGAUUUCUACGCAUAAUGACCAUGACAGAGAGUUGGUUUCCUGGAAUUCUAUUGACUCCAAUCCGUCUGGUUAUGAGAUGUCCCAGCAAGAUAUUAACUCAUUGAAGGAGAUGCACGUAACAUCUCAGUUUGAUCCAACUAGGAUUGUCGUUGGUGCCAUAUACUUUAGCAAAAUGGACCUCGAUUAUCAUUUGAAGAUGCUUGCAAUUUCCGACUGUUUCCAGUACCGGACCAGAACUUCCAAAAAAUCCGAGCUGCAUGUUGUGUGUGUUGACUUCCCUCGUUGCCAAUGGGCUGUUCGGGCUGUGCGUUUACCCGGCGUUGAGAUGUUCCAGGUCUUGUCCCUUUCAUCCUAUCGCUUUCACCAAGUCUUUGUUGAACGUCGCUUUCCGCACGUCGUUGUCGCGGGGUUCGGGCUCGGCUUGGUUGGCCGAGCCGAGCAGGAGGGACGAGCGGAGCGCAGAGCCGGGCAGCAGGACGAGUGGAGCUCUGAGCCGAGUAGGAGGGACGAGCGGAGCGCAGAGCCGGGCAGCAGGACGAGUGGAGCUCUGAGCCGAGCAGGAGGGACGAGCCCGAUGUCAGCCCUAGUGCUGGCGUGGGGUUAUUCCCCAUCAGAAGCCCCCCACUCUCCGGGUUCCGUGGCGUCUAGCAGCGGAGCGCGUGGGAGUAGAAAACACUGUGGAUGGUCAGCUCGUGGGCCCACGCGUAGCUUGACAGAUCGGCGGCGACGUUUGGAGUUCCCCACGAACGGUUGUGGCACUUCGCUUCUCCCAAGUGGCGGCCCAUCGUGACACCUGUUCGGCCCAUCACUAUCCGGGCCCACUUUUAGUAUAAAUAGCCCCAAGGCUU